AAAGAAAAAAGAAAAAAAAACCAAACUCCUCACGAAAAAUCCUCUCUUUUGUUUUUUUUUUCUUGCUCUCAAUCUCUCUCCCACCCUCUCUCUACGCACACCUCUCUAUAAAUCCUAACCCUAGCGAGGAGAUCGUGGAGUAUUGGGGUGCCUUUUCUUUUGGGAGGAGAUGGAUCAGGGCGUUGCGGUCACCGAGUUCCAGCCGAUUCUAACGCAUGGGGGGAGGUAUUUGCAGUACAACAUAUUCGGUAACUUGUUUGAGAUCACCGCCAAGUACCAGCCCCCGAUCAUGCCCAUCGGAAGGGGCGCGUACGGGAUCGUGUGCUCGGUGAUGAAUUCGGAGACCAGGGAGAUGGUUGCGAUCAAGAAGAUCGCGAACGCUUUCGAUAAUCACAUGGAUGCGAAGCGGACGCUUCGGGAAAUCAAGCUUCUGAGGCAUUUGGACCAUGAGAACAUUAUUGGAAUAAGAGAUGUAAUCCCCCCUCCUGUUCCACAAGCAUUUAAUGACGUCUAUAUCGCGACUGAGCUUAUGGAUACCGACCUUCAUCAUGUUAUCCGGUCGAAUCAAGAUUUAUCAGAAGAGCAUUGUCAGUAUUUUCUCUACCAAAUCCUUCGAGGACUGAAGUACAUACACUCGGCGAAUGUAAUUCAUAGAGAUUUGAAGCCGAGCAAUCUUCUCCUCAAUGCUAACUGUGAUCUCAAAAUAUGUGAUUUCGGUCUUGCCCGACCCACAUCAGAAAAUGAAAUUAUGACCGAGUAUGUUGUUACUAGAUGGUAUAGGGCACCGGAAUUGCUGCUCAAUUCAACAGACUACACUGCUGCUAUUGAUUUAUGGUCUGUAGGCUGCAUUUUUAUGGAGUUGAUGAACAGAAAGCCAUUGUUCCCUGGGAGGGACCACAUGCAUCAAAUGCGUUUAAUAACAGAGUGUAUUGGCAUGCCUACUGAGGAAGAGCUGGGGUUUAUUCAAAAUGAAGAUGCAAAAAGAUACAUGAGGCAUCUGCCUCAGUUUCCUCGCCAGUCAUUUACAAAUCUAUUCCCACAUGUUCAUCCAGCCGCAAUUGAUCUUGUGGAAAGAAUGUUGACAUUUAAUCCCUUCAGAAGAAUUACAGUGGAAGAAGCACUUGCUCACCCAUACCUUGAAAGGUUGCAUGACAUUGCCGACGAACCCAUAUGCACAGAACCUUUCUCCUUUGACUUUGAACAACAUGCGCUCACCGAAGAGCAAAUGAAGGAACUGAUAUACAAUGAGGCCUUAGCAUUUAAUCCAGAAUAUAACAUUUAAACCAGAGUUUGGCCGUUAAGAAGAGAUGUUUUUGAGAACUAUAUUUAUAGUUUCCAACCGAUACUCGUGUAAAUAUACGAAACUGGUGAAUUAGGUUUGUGUGAUUAUAUUUGCUUUGUCAUAUUGAAGACUUUAGUUUGUAUGUAUAAGACAAUAUAGUGAAUGAGUAUGUGUGCGCAAGACAUAAAUGCGCACCCAAAUUUGUGUAUGACUUUAAUGGAAUAAAGCUUGUAACAUUUGUUCUAUUGAAAAAGCUUGCCUUCUUUGUUCACUGAGCUUAAA